AGAUAGACUAUAGAUAGAUAGAUAGAUCGAUAGAUAGAUAGAUACUUGUUUUAUAUUUAUUCUUACUGAUGGCUGACCGGACUAUGAUUCUCCAACUGAUGGAAAGUCCAGAAUCAGAACCUCUGCAGCUGAUUUCAGGUGAUUUAAGGAGGUUUGGGGUGAUUUAAGAAGGUUCAGGUGAUUUAAGGAGGUUUCAGUUGAUUUAAGGAGGUUUAGGGUGAUUUAAGGAGGUUUAGGGUAAUUUAAGGAGGUUUUGGGUGAUUUAAGGAUGUUUCGGGUUAUUUAAGGAGGUUUAGGGUGAUUUAAGGAGGUUUCGGGUGAUUUAAGGAUGUUUCGGGUUAUUUAAGGAGGUUUAGGGUGAUUUAAGGAGGUUUCGGGUGAUUUAAGGAUGUUUAGGGUGACUUAAGGAGUUUUCAGGUGAUUUAAGAAGGUUUAGGGUGAUGAAAAGAGGGUUCAGGUGAUUUCAGGAGGCUCGGUCUGUUAAUUAUCUGCAGGUAUCUUCCUCUAUCUGCACCUCUUCCUGUGUUUCAGGGUAGAUCUGCAGAAUUCUGCCUGUAAACAGUCUGGUGGCUUUCUGUCCCAACAGGAUGAAAAGAAAUGCUUUGUGUGCGAUUCGAUGGCGCCGUACGACGAGCGGGCCAAUCCAACGAGCAGCCAUCGCAUCGAGAACGUUGUCACAACAUUCGCCCCAAACAGACUGAAGACCUGGUGGCAGUCUGAGAACGGUCUGGAGAACGUCACCAUCCAGCUGAACCUAGAAGCUGAGUUCCACUUCACACACCUCAUCAUGACCUUCAAGACGUUCCGACCUGCUGCCAUGGUGAUUGAGCGAUCAGCUGACUUCGGGAAGACAUGGCAGGUUUACCGGUACUUCGCCUAUGACUGCGAGACGUCAUUUUCCUCUAUUUCCCAGGGUCCAAUGCAGAAGGUUGAUGAUGUCAUCUGUGACUCACGCUACUCUGACAUCGAGCCGUCCACCGAAGGAGAGGUGAUUUUCAGAGUUUUGGAUCCAGCGUUCAGGAUCGAUGACCCGUACAGCCCCCGAAUACAGAACAUGUUGAAGAUCACCAACCUGCGGGUGAAGUUCACCAAACUGCACACGCUGGGAGACAACCUGCUGGACUCCCGUAUGGAGAUCAAAGAGAAGUAUUACUACUCCAUCUACGACAUGGUGGUCCGAGGAAACUGCUUCUGCUACGGACACGCCUCUGAGUGUGCCCCCAUCCAGGGGGCCAGCCCCGCCCAGGAAGGCAUGGUUCACGGCCACUGCAUGUGUAACCACAACACUAAAGGUCUGAACUGUGAACAGUGUCAGGACUUCUACCACGACCUUCCCUGGAGACCAGCUGAGGGACGCAAUACCAACGCCUGCAAGAAGUGUAACUGUAACCAGCACUCGGACUCGUGUCACUUCGACAUGGCCGUGUUCGUGGCUUCAGGAAAUGCCAGCGGAGGCGUUUGUGAAAACUGUCAGCACAACACAGCUGGACACAACUGUGAGCAGUGCCAACCGUUUUACUACCAGCAUCCGGAGAGAGACAUCCGAGACCCCAACAUCUGCCAGUCUUGUAACUGCGACCCCCUGGGCUCUCUGAACGGAGGAAUCUGUGACCAAACCACAGAUGUCCGAACGGGUCUGAUCGCCGGUCAGUGUCGCUGCAAAGUCAACGUGGAGGGAGAACGUUGUGAGCGCUGCAGACAGGCGCAUUAUGGACUGAGUGACCAACCGAAAGGUUGCAAAGCGUGUACCUGCAGUCCUCUGGGAACAGUUCCUGGAGGAAACCCCUGUGACAGUGAAACUGGAGUUUGUUUCUGUAAACGUCUGGUGACUGGACGAGACUGCGACCAGUGUAUGUCUGAACAUUGGGGUCUCAGUAAUGACAUGGACGGCUGCAGAUCAUGUGACUGUGACCUGGGAGGAGCCAAAAACAACCAGUGUGAUCAGGUGAGUGGUCAGUGUGUCUGCAGAGAUCACAUGUUUGGUCGGCGCUGUGAUCAGGUGGAGUCUGGAUUUUACUUCAUCGCUCUGGAUCACUACACCUACGAGGCUGAGGAUGCCAAGUUUGGGCCUGGAGUGACGGUGGUCCCGAGGCCCCACCCUCAGGACCGUAGUCCCACCUGGACAGGUAUCGGUCUGGUCAAUGUUCCAGAGGGGGCUUUCCUGGAGUUCUCUGUCAACAACAUUCCUCACUCCAUGGAAUACGACAUCCUCAUCCGCUACGAGCCUCAGCUGCCUGACCAAUGGGAGGAGGUUCUGAUGGUGGUGAUGAGGCCUGGACCAAUCAAAGCUGACAGCAGAUGCAUCAACACGGUGCCUGAUGAUGACAACCAGAUGAUCUCGCUUCAACCGGGCUCACGAUACGUGGUUCUUCCUCGACCGGUUUGUUUUGAGUCUGGUCUGAACUACACGGUCCGCCUCAGUUUGCCGCUGUACUCGGCCCUCAGCGACGUCCAGUCUCCGUACACGCUCAUCGACUCGAUCGUGCUGAUGCCUCACUGUAAGAACCUGGACAUCUUCACCACCUCAGAGGAAGGGGACUCCAGUGGAAACAGCGGCUGGGAAACUUUUCAGCGUUAUCGAUGUCUGGAGAACAGCCAGAGUGUUGUCAAGACGCAGAUGACAGACAUUUGCAGAAACUUCAUCUUCAGCAUCUCUGCCAUGUUGCACCAGGGUGCUAAAGAAUGCCAGUGCGACCCUCAGGGCUCCCUCAGCACCGUGUGCGACCCCAGCGGUGGUCAGUGCCAGUGCCGCCCCAAUGUGGUCGGCAGGAGCUGCGACAGAUGUGCUCCGGCCACGUUCCAGUUCGGACCCAACGGCUGCCGAGCAUGUGCGUGCAACACCCAGGGUUCACACGACCAGUUCUGUGAUCAGCUGACCGGUCAGUGCGUUUGCAUUUCUGGGGCGUUCGGGCGGCAAUGCGACCGCUGCCUGCCAGGACACUGGGGCUUCCCCUCCUGCAGACGCUGCUCCUGCAACGGACACGCCGACACCUGCGACCCCGACACCGGACACUGCAUCGACUGCAGGGAGCACAGCACCGGACACAGCUGUGAGAGGUGUGUGGACGGUUACUAUGGCGACCCGGUGCUGGGGUCAGGUGACCACUGUCGUCCUUGUAUGUGUCCUGAUGGCCCUGACAGCCGGCGACAGUUUGCAGAAAGCUGUUACCGUGGAGAUGAGUCGCAGCAGGCUGUCUGUAUCUGCAGUGCUGGAUACCGAGGUGCUCGCUGUGACGAGUGCUCACCUGGUUACUAUGGAAACCCCGGUGAGGAGGGGGGGCGGUGCCAGCCCUGUCAGUGCAACAACAACAUCGAUGUGCUGGACCCCAUGUCCUGCGACGGCCGGACCGGAGAGUGUCUGCGCUGCCUGUACCACAGCGAGGGAGCUGCCUGCCAGAGCUGCAAGCUGGGUUACUACGGUGACGCCCUGCAGCAGGACUGCAGGAAGUGUGUUUGUAACCAGCUGGGCAGUGAUCCGUCCAGCUGUCCGACUGCUGCUGACUGUAACUGCGACCGGAGCAGCGGUCAGUGUCGCUGCCUGCCCAACGUGAUUGGUCAGCACUGCGACCGCUGCGCCCCCGACACCUGGAACAUGGCGAGCGGCCGUGGCUGUCAGAGCUGCAGCUGUGACCCCAAGCACUCGUACGGGACGUCCUGUAACGAGAUCAGCGGUCAGUGUUCCUGCCAGCCCGGCUUCGGGGGAAGGACAUGCAGCGAGUGUAGAGAGCUGUUCUGGGGAGACCCUGAAGUCAAAUGUCAUGCCUGCGACUGCGACCCUCGUGGGAUCUCAGAGCAGCAGUGCAACAAAGUUGGCGGCCAGUGUGUCUGUGUGGACGGCGUAUCCGGACCUCGCUGCGAUGUCUGCGCACGUGGAUUCGCAGGAACCUUCCCCGACUGCCGCCGCUGCCACCAGUGCUUCGCCGAGUGGGAUGAUGUCGUCGGUCAACUGACCAAUCAGACGCACCGACUGGUUAACAAGGUCAAUGCUGUCAAAGCCAGCGGAGUCAGCGGACCUUACAAGAAGUCCAUGGACAGCAUGGAGAGGAGCAUCGCUGACAUCCAGGUCAUCCUGGACCAGAACCCAGCUGCACAACCGCUGACUGAGAUCCAGCACCUGCUGCAACAAGCCAGUGACCUGAUGGGGGCCCUGAGCCACACAUUGAACCACACUGAGCGGAUGGUGGUGCAGCUGAAGGAGCAGGACGCUGCUGCAGAAACUAAACUGGACUCUGUGACGUCAGAUGCUCAGAAGCUAGAGAGAACAGUUCAGGAGCUGCUGGAUCAGGUGGAGUUCAUCAAGAACUCUGACAUCAGAGGGGCGACGGACAGCAUAACUAAGUACUUCCUGCAGUCUCAGGUGGCUGAAGCUCGAGCCAACGCCUCAACCAUCGACAGCGGCAGCCCGGUGGAAACCUCUGCUGCUCUACGGCAGCUCACACAGGACAAACUGAACCAGACCAGAGAGGAGUUCCUGAGGAGACACACUGAGCAUGCUCAGAAACUGGAUGACCUGGCAGGAGACCUUCAAACUCUGGACCUAUCAGAGAUCAGCCAGAAGACCUGCGGCAGCCCUUCGUCAGGUCAGGACCUAUGCCUGUCCUGUGGAGGUCUGGGCUGCGUGGAAGCUGAUGGUCGCAUUAAGUGCAGCAGAGACGGAUGUAACGGUGUGGUGACAACGGCCAACGCUGUCUGGAAGAAGGCCCAAACGUCUGAGCAAGAAAUCAUCAGCGCCAUGGAGGAAGUGGAGAAGCUCUCUAAGAUGGUGUUGGAGGCAAAGCUGCAGGCUGAUGAGGCGAAGCUGAGCGCUCAGGAUGUCUUGAUGAAGACCAACAAAACCAAACAAAAAGUGGACCAGAGCAACGAGGAGCUGCGAAGCCUCAUCAGACAGAUCAGAGACUUCCUCACACAGGAUGCUGCAGACCUGGAGAGCAUUGAGCUGGUGGCUACUGAGGUUCUGGCCAUGCAGAUGCCAACCACACCAGGUCUGCUGCAGAACCUUACCGAUGAGAUCCGGCAGAGGGUGGGAGAACUGGGACAUGUAGAAACCAUCUUGCAGCAAAGUGCUGAUGACAUUCGGAGAGCAGAGAACUUGCUGGACCAGGCCCGCCAAGCUAGUGAGGAGGCGGCUGACGUGAAGGACUCUGCAGAGAGAGUAAAGCAAGCUCUGAAAGAAGCUCAGAGAGCUCAGUCGGCCGCCAGCAGCGCCAUCCAGCAGGCCUCUGCUGACAUCCAGAACGCCAACGUCCUGCUGUCCUCAGUGGAGUCGGAGACGGCAGACGCAGAACUCAUGCUGAAUAAUGCAACCAAGAGGCUGCAGAGGCUCGAGCAGGACGUGACACUGCUGAGAGGCAAAGCUCUGAACAUCAAUCUGAGCACUGAACAGACCAAUCAGGAUGCAGCGAGCAUCGGAAAAAUUGCAGAGGAGGUCAAGAAGGCCCUGGACUCGGAGUUGAAGGAGAAGUACGCCACAGUGGAGCAGCUGAUUGGUCAGAAGGCAGGGGGCGUGGCCGACGCUAAAAAGAGGGCGGAGUCACUGCAGCAGGAAGCCAAAGAGCUGCUGCUGCAGGCUAGCGGCAAGCUGCAGCUACUGAAAGAUCUGGAGAAGUCGUAUGAAGACAACCAGAGAACACUGGAUGUGAAAGCAGAGCAGCUGGUGGAGCUGGAGGCUGCUGUGAAGGAGCUGCUGCAGGAGAUCAGCCACAAGGUCACCGUGUACAGCACCUGUUUGUUCUAGAACCAUCUCACCUGCUGCCCGCUCCUCAGCAGCCAAUCACAAGUGAGAACAUAUUCAUUAAAGGGAUCAGUCUCUUGACCUGAAACAAUCAGAAGAAACAGACCAAAGAUGAAAGAGAUUGAGACUUUCAUACUUCCAGGAACCAAAGAUUCAGUUGUUUUAUUUUCUCUUGAUUAAAUCACUCAGAUAUAAGAAAUGUUUAAUCUUAAUGUUUCUAAAUGGGAACCUUUCAUUUGUGAAAGCGUUCUGGAGCACACAAUCAGGUUUUUAAUCGGUUUAAAUCUUUCAGAAUUAAAAUCUCUCAGUCUCUCAGAAUGUGACUUUAGAUAAAUAGUCUGAUUAGUCCACAUUGUUCUCCACUGGUUUGCCCAAUAAUACAACUUUUUGGAAACUUCAAGAGGCAACAGUUGAGUUUUGAAUCAGAUGAAUGUCUUUGAGAUGGUAAUAAAAUAAAUAAAACUGUUAAUCUCUUGGUUCAAGUUUAACUCACAGCUUCAUCUUGUUUAGCAUUGAAUGUUUAAACCAUAUGACUGCAACCUGUCUUAGUCCAUUUUGUACUGCCCCUAGUUUUAUUUCUGUGUGCCCAAACCUUUGAAUCCCAAAUUAUUUUAAUAAAAAUUUCCUGUUAAAAUCA